GCUGUCAACAGUCAAACUUCAAUGUCAUUGUCAUGUCAAAAAAUUGUUUCUGAUGUUUGUUUGUAUGGCCGGGUAUUGUAAUUUAAAUUUCCUAUAAUGGAUUUAGUAAACGAUAAUUUAGAUUUUGUAAAGUUAAUCAUCAAAGGACACGAUGAAAAUAUAACGCCUCACAAAAUAGCAGUCGUGGCAUUUAUACGGGAGUAUGGGCUUCUAAAAGUCGAAGAGAAACAAAAAAUUGAUUGUAUUGUUGCUCCUAAAUAUAGAAAAGAUUUCUGUAUUUUGGCAUUGAAAUUAAUUCAGUGUCCUGAUAUGGAAUUUAAAGAAUUAGAAACUCUUCUAACUGAUGGCAGGUACAAUUUGUUGAGCGUUCACCUGCAGAAUUUUUGUGUUCGACUACAAAAUAUUUAUGUUAAUGGCAUUAGCGCACUUAUGGAUUGUGUUACGUCCACAAUUGACAAAUUGAUGAUUGAACAGAAUGAAACUAAUCCAUGUGUUAUAACCAGAUACAGUGUUUUAGGAUUUUACUUGAGAAGAAUACUAUUGCACUUGGACAAACUCAGUUUUACACAAGUGGUAUCACUGUACAAAUCAUUUUGCUUGUAUUACCAAAGAGGUAGACCUGGUUUAAUGAUGAGAUCCUUGAGUAAAGAGAAACUCAACAACAUGGAACCCCAAGGUCCCACUUCAACAUCACCAGCAUUGUCUGAAGAAGCUAAACCUACUGAACUGUCUAUGAAAAUGAAUAUUAUUGACAGAGACAACAGUUUUGAAGAGUGUCAAUGGUCAAGAAAGCAAGCUGAAUUAUUUACGGCGCAACAGGCCAAUUUGCUCCAAAUCAACGAAAGAAAAGCAAUGCCACCUCGCCAGUUACAGAAAACUAUUUUGCAGAUCAUAAAUGAUAUACCAGAAUAUCCAGACAUUCACUUCCUUAGUUUUCUAAACUGUAUAAGAAUGAAGGAAUUCUGUGGGGCUCAAGCUUCUCUGUACAACUGUUUCGAUCGCUCGGUACUAAGCGUGUAUGGCGGUAGUAACUGUAACGACAGGAACAAGAAUUUUCGAUAUGCUGCUUUGAACCGCGCCGCCAUGCACACUCAAUUUGGGCAUAUGUCGGUAGCAAUGGAGGGAGUUCGCGAGGCGCUGGCUGCUGCGCAAGAGGCGGGCGACGGCGCGUGCUUAGCGCAUGCGGCGGCGUGGGGCGCCUUAGCGGGCGGGCGCGCGCGGCGGGCGGCGCUGCUGGCCCGAGUGCCGCGCGCGCCGCGAGUGGCCGCCGCCGCCGCGCAACUGAUGGCCCAACACGCGGCCGUCAACGGCGCCAGGCCCUCCGAGGUCUUCCAGAUCAUCACUAAGGGGGAUUCGUUGAACUACUUGCAUUCCAUGACUGACUUAACUUUGGCGGGCUUGGCUAACACGGCGGCACUGUGGGCUCUGUAUGGGAAAACGGAGAUGGCGUCUGUGAGCUGCCAGCUGCUUCUCAAUUUGAAUACUAAGUGCAACGUGGGCAGCAGCAGCGUGUGGCACUGGACGGAGUCGAUGGCGACCGCGUGCGCCGGGCUCGUGGUGACGGCGGCGUGGCGGGGGGAGCCCGCGCUGGCCGCCGCGCUCGCCUCGCACCUGCAGCACCCGCGCCUGCUGGCCGUCGCCGCGCGCAACCACGCCGCCGCCGCGCUCAUGGCAGCACCCGCGCCUGCUGGCCGUCGCCGCGCGCAACCACGCCGCCGCCGCGCUCAUGGCAGGUCAGUGACCCGCGCUCGCUCGCACCUGCAGCACCCGCGCCUGCUGGCCGUCGCCGCGCGCAACCACGCCGCCGCCGCGCUCAUGGCAGCACCCGCGCCUGCUGGCCGUCGCCGCGCGCAACCACGCCGCCGCCGCGCUCAUGGCAGGUCAGUGACCCGCGCUCGCUCGCACCUGCAGCACCCGCGCCUGCUGGCCGUCGCCGCGCGCAACCACGCCGCCGCCGCGCUCAUGGCAGGUCACACCCGCGCCUGCUGGCCGUCGCCGCGCGCAACCACGCCGCCGCCGCGCUCAUGGCAGGUCAGUGACCCGCGCUCGCCUCGCACCUGCAGCACCCGCGCCUGCUGGCCGUCGCCGCGCGCAACCACGCCGCCGCCGCGCUCAUGGCAGGUCAGUGACCCGCGCUCGCCUCGCACCUGCAGCACCCGCGCCUGCUGGCCGUCGCCGCGCGCAACCACGCCGCCGCCGCGCUCAUGGCAGGUCAGUGACCCGCGCUCGCCUCGCACCUGCAGCACCCGCGCCUGCUGGCCGUCGCCGCGCGCAACCACGCCGCCGCCGCGCUCAUGGCAGGUCAGUGACCCGCGCUCGCUCGCACCUGCAGCACCCGCGCCUGCUGGCCGUCGCCGCGCGCAACCACGCCGCCGCCGCGCUCAUGGCAGGUCAGUGACCCGCGCUCGCUCGCACCUGCAGCACCCGCGCCUGCUGGCCGUCGCCGCGCGCAACCACGCCGCCGCCGCGCUCAUGGCAGGAAAAUGGGAAGAAGCAGAACAAAGCAUCAGACAGUUGGCAUCAUCCGACAGAUGGGAAAGUCAAUUACUGAAAGCCGAAAUGUAUUUCCUAAAAGGAGACUCGACUGAGGCGCUUGAAUCUCUUCACGACAUUUUAGAUUUCUGCAAGACAGAAGACGACAGCUUACACUACAUGUCUUUAAAACUGAAGGCUAUGAUUCUUAUGUCACAAGUACAGCAUUCUUUUAGCAAUAUUCAGUCAACUAAUAUCAUGUUAUUGAACGAGGCCGUGUCUUUGGCUAAGAAAUAUCAUUUGCACUAUUUGGGUGCGACAGCAGAAAUGCACAUAGCCAACGUUCAGCUAAACAUGGGUUGCGCCAAGAAUGCGUUGCUGCUGAUCAGAAAGGUGCUGCCGGGGAUUAUGGCGCAUGGGAGCGCUUAUGACUGUGCUAGAGCGCUCCUGCUAUACACCAAGUGCCGGAUCGCGUCGGCGCCGGUGGCGGGCGAGGCGCGCGCGCUGGUGCUGCAGUCGUGCUGCGACGCGCUCGACACCGUCAAGAAGAACUUCGCCAAGGUCGGCGCCCACUCCCGUCUGCUGCAGACCUGGUACUUGCAGGCGCAACUGUACAACGACAUCGGCAACCAUGCUGCAAGAAACCAGUGUGCUUGGAUGUAUAGACAACUAGAAACACAGAACCCAGUAGAACCAUCGAAUACCUUAUUAAUAAUGUAUUGAUAUCAAUAAAUAGUUGUAAGAAGCA